AUGUCCUGUCUCUCCUCGCGCCUCGGCAGCCCCUGCGGGGUCCGCGCCUUCACCUGCGCCUCCGCCUGCGGGCCCCGCCCGGCCGCUGCUGCAUCACGGCCGCCCCCUACCGAGGCAUCUGCUGCUACCGCGGCCUCACCGGGGGGCUUCAGCAGCCGCAGCGUCUGCGGGGGCUUCCGCGCCGGCUCCUGCGGUCGCAGCUUCGGGUACCGCUCAGGGGGCGUGUGUGGACCCAGCCCUCCCAGCAUCACCACCGAGUCGGUCAACGAGAGCCUCCUGGCGCCCCUCAACCUGGAGGUUGACUCUACCGCGCAGUGCGUGAAGCAGGAGAAGGAGCAGAUCAAGAGCCUCAACAGCAAGUUUGCUGCCUUCAUUGACAAGGUGCGCUUCCGGGAGCAGCAGAACAAAUUUCUGGAGACCAAGCUGCAGUUCUACCAGAACCAAGAGUGCUGCGAGAACAACCUGGAGCCACUGUUCGAGGGCUACAUCCAGACACUGAGGCUGGAGACUGAGCGCAUGGAGACUGACAGUGGGAGGCUGGCCUCGGAGCUCAGCCACAUGCAGGAGGUGCUGGAGGGCUACAAGAAGUAUGAGGAGGAGGUGACACUAAGGACCACCACUGAGAAUAAAUUUGGGGCCCUGAAGAAGGAGGUGGACUGUGCCUACCUCCACAAGUCGGACAUGGAGGCCAACUUGGAGGCCCUCAUCCAAGAGGUAGACUUCCUGAAGCAGCUGUAUCGGGAGGAGCUUCAGGUCCUCCAAGCCCACAUCUCAGACACUUCAGUCACCGUCAAGAUGGACAACAGCCGGAACCUGAACAUGGACAGCAUUGUGGCAGAGAUCAAGGCUCAGUAGGACGACAUUGCCAGCCGUGGCCGGGCUGAGGCCGAGUCCUGGUACCACAGCAAGUGUGGGGAGAUGAAGGCCACAGUGGCCCAGCAUGGCGAGACCCUUCACCGCACCAAGGAGGAGAUCAAUGAGCUGAACCGCAUGAUCCAGAGGCUGACGGCAGAGGUAGAGAACGCCAAGUGCCAGAACUCCAAGCUGGAGGCAGCAGUGACCCAGGCUGAGCAGCAGGGCGAGGCCGCCAUUAAUGAUGCCCGCUGCAAGCUGGCGGGACUGGAGGAAGCCCUGCAGAAGGCCAAGCAGGACAUGGCCUGCCUGGUCAGGGAGUACCAGGAGGUGAUGAACUCCAAGCUGGGCCUGGACAUCGAGAUCGCCACCUACCGGCGCCUGCUGGAGGGCGAGGAGCAGAGGUUGUAUGAGGGCAUUGGUGCUGUAAAUGUCUGUAAGUAA